AUGGUUAGAUUUUUUCUGGCUUUACUAGGUUUUAGCCACGUCACACUUUUGCUGGCUAAACUGCCUUUGGAGGAAUACCUGGUGCGUCUGAUGGGUAAUGGCAAGCUCAUCUGCAGCGGAAUCAUAGUGAAUCGGCGACAGGUUUUAACCGCUGGUUAUUGCAGGCCAGAGCGGUACACAGAGAACAUAACUCUGGAACUUCCCGAGGGCUCUACAAACACUGUCGCAGGGAGCACUGUGUCCAAAGAUUACACAGCUGAAGAUGCCAGUGAUUUGCUAGUUCUACUUCAUUUGAGCAAAGAACUGGGGGAAAAGUUUGGGGAUCCGCCGCCCAUUUGCCAGAAUCGACCGCCGAUAAACGAGGAAUUGCAGUACUGGAGCUGGAAUGGAACCAUUCUGCAGAAGAAAUCCACUCCGCAGUCCUCGCUUUUGGAUUGCAGGCGUGAAAUCAAGGAUCCCGAUGGUGUGGUCAUCGGCAAUGAUACCGUUUGCCUGAGAAACAAGCAGGUCUCCGAGGGUUGUGUGAGGAGCUUUGGCAUUCCCUUUGUGUGGCGCAACACCUUCUGUGGCAUCAACAUUCUGGGACAUAAUUGCCAAGUUGCCAGCAAGGCGGAUAUAUUUGUGCGACUGCGGAAGACCAAUUGA